UUAGCGGGCGCACGCAAACAAUCGAAGAAUCUUGCUAGAAUGUUACAUUCUUAAGUAGAAUAAGAAAAACAUUUAAAUGUCGUUGUAUAGCACGAAGCGAAUCGAGCGCUGUCGUAUAGGUGUUCAUUAUCAGCGGUCUGCCUCGACUGUGCAUUAAAGCGAAAUAAUGCAAUAAUUCUAUUUGCAUUAUCCACUGAGAAAAAAAUCUGGGACCAUUGUUAUAUUGCACGGAUACUUGUGCUCAAGUUAAGAUGGAUUCGCCCAAGGAAUUACCUCUGUCUUCAAUGGUUUAAAUGCAAACGAGUAAACACGAACGGUCUCUUUCUGGUAUGAGAUGUUGCUAGCCUCGGCCGUGGUCGUCUGGGAAUGGCUGAACGAGCACGGGCGCUGGCGACCCUACAGCCCGGCUGUGUCUCAUCACAUCGAGGCGGUGAUCCGCAGCGACCCUCGCGGCGCCGGGAGCGUGGUGCUGGGCCAGGUCGACUCCCGUCUAUCGCCGUACAUCAUUGACCUGCAGUCUAUGCAUCAGUUUCGACAAGAUACCGGUACACUUCGGCCCGUGCGGCGAAGUUUCUAUGACCCACGGUCGGCACCAGGGCAGGGUUGGGUUUGGGAGUGGGAGAAUGACUCGGGCUCGUGGACACCCUAUGACACAGAGGUUAGCAUUGCCAUCCAGGCUGCUCGGGAUCGGCAACAGCCCUGGCUGGACUUGACACCGCUGGGCUUCUGCUACCUCAUAGACCUGCAGAGUAUGACACAGAUAAAUGGACAGACGCAGCGGCGCAGACGAAUCCAGAGGCGGUCAGACCUGGCCUAUCCGCUUGUGUCUGGCCCUUUGCCUAAACCUCACGCUUGGUCAUCUGCUGGGAGUGGUGGACUCCUGGGGGUGGGGGUGUCUGGAGUAAGCGGAGGAAAUGGUAGCGCCUAUCCCAGUGGAGCUCUCCCAGCAUCUGCUAUCACUUCACUAGGUCAACCAUGUUCCUGCCAACAGUGUAUGCUAGUCCUGGGUGUCAAGACCCCUAGCAUGGCACAAACUCUGGGACGUAAACCGCCACCCGUACCCAAGCCACCAAGCCCUAAAGCCCCCACAAGGGGACAUUCGUACUCCCUUACCCUGCCUCACCCUCCUUCCCUUUCCCGAGUACUUUCCCCACAUAGAAACUCCACGUCGGGUGCCAGCGGAGGCUUCGGACACUCCCUUUCUCUCCUGGGCUCUGCCACUGCUGCCCUGUCAAUAUCCUCCAACCGUCCUCCUCCACCUGCUGUACCGCCACCCCCACCUCCAUCUACCGUACCCCACACUACUUCCUCCGCCAACCCUACUUUGCCUACACCCUCCAAUGUCCUUAUAUCUACAGUGACCACCUGUGCUCCCACACCCUCCGCUCGCGUUUUGGGUCCUGUUUCAACAGCAUCAGCAGCUUGUGCUGCCCCGGUGCCACCUCGCAGCAGUCUUGCUGGCCUUAGCCGCCCCGCCCUGCAAAGGAUUGCCAUGGCACAGUCACGGGCACUUAUUGCAUCAGGAGUCCCCACCGUUCCAGUCAAGAACCUAAAUGGAUCCAGUCCUGUUCAUCCGGCUUUGGCAGGUAUCACUGGUAUUCUUAUGAGCGCCGCUGGACUCCCAGUCUGCUUGACCCGCCCACCCAAACUUGUGCUCCACCCCCCACCCGUCAGCAAGAGUGACAUCAAACCUGUGCCAGGCCUUGGGCACUGUUGCCGCAAGACCACAAAGAAGCAGGCCCGCAAAGGUAGAACUUCAGAGGAAGUUGUAAGAAGAUAUCUCCAAAAGGUCCGCAACCCACCCGAAGAGGAUUGUACUAUCUGUAUGGAGUCUCUUUGUGGUCCCUCUGGUUAUAAAGGCCCAGGUGUCGGUGGCAUUUCUCGGGCAGAGUCAGUUGGCCGCCUCUCGCAGUGUGGACAUCAGUACCACCUGCAGUGCCUGGUGGCCAUGUAUAACAACGGCAACAAAGAUGGAAGUCUCCAGUGUCCUACCUGUAAGACCAUCUAUGGUGUUAAAACAGGAAACCAGCCACCUGGCAAGAUGGAAUACCAUGUCAUUCCUCAUUCCCUGCCUGGACACCCUGAUUGCAAAACCAUCCGGAUUAUCUACAACAUACCCCCUGGCAUUCAGGGUCCUGAGCAUCCAAACCCUGGAAAGCCCUUCACAGCACGUGGAUUUCCAAGACACUGCUACCUUCCUGACAGUGAAAAAGGCCGCCUUGUGUUAAAGCUGUUGCUGGUUGCAUGGGACCGCCGUCUGAUCUUCUCUGUGGGCACAUCCAGCACUACAGGCGAGACAGAUACCGUCAUAUGGAACGAGGUGCAUCACAAGACCGAGUUCGGCUCCAACCUGACAGGCCACGGCUAUCCCGACUCCGGUCACCUCGACAACGUCCUGGAGGAACUAAGGGCGCAAGGCAUCACCGAGGACGAGUGUAUGAGAGACUGAAAAUACAAGUCCAGCCACAAAGACUGAAUGUUUCGUGUUAGUGUUGCCAAAUCCGAAUUCAAUUCCCAGCUCUUGUUUCUCAGAGUCCUGAGAGACUUUUCAAAUUUCAAACGGUGACGUUGAAGGACUCUGAAAGACGUUCAUCGCUCAGAUUCUUUUUAUUUUAAUGAAAAUACUGCUCAAAAACAUUGUUUAAGCAUCUCAUAAGUGGGACGGACAGAUAUGAGAACUGUAAUUAAUAAAAAUUCUUGCACUGUGUGUGCGCUAUUGUGGUGGAGCUGUUACUUUGAAGACAUUUCAAGUUCCUGUGAAGACCCCCCUCCCCACAAAUGCUAUAUUUACAGUGCAGUUUUGUUGCUAGUUCAAGUGCAGACAUAGAUGAGAACUGAACUGCUGGUCUGUCUGUUUAACCAUUUAAUGUAUUGCAGUUCUGUGAAGGAUACACAAAACAAAGGUACUUCUGUGCAUGUAGUUGUUAUUUUUUGGUGCAGAGAGGAUUAUGUCCUCGGUCUAAUCGAGGCCAACACUUGUUGCUAACUCGAAAGCUCCAGUUGCGGUUUUAGGACGUGAAUGUUUACUGCCUCAUAGUGGCACUUGUUAACAUAUACAUUCCAGUAAAACCCAUGGUAUUUAUUUGACAACAUAGUUUUCAAAAUGUGUGCUGUAUUUACAUUAACCACUUAUAUUUGUACUUAUUUUAUCGUGUUUUCCUUUAUAUUGUUGAAAAGAGAAAACUGUAUUGUAAUUUUGGAGUGGAAGCUUCAUCCAGGAUUAUUCAUUAGAUUCCGAGAUAUUCAACUCCAACAGUUCAUCAGUAUUAAAGAAGUGCAGAGACUGUCGCUUGACACACAAACAAUGCACACAACUUCUUUUUAUUUCCAGCUUCUUGCAGAAAUAAACCAAUUUCUUUGUAAUUAGAUUUGCUGUCAGAGACGGAAUAAUUAAGGCCUGUGCAGAAUUGAGCCAAGCUCAUCAUGGGCCUCUAUGGUAAUGCCAUAUUUGUGAUAUCAUCAGUUUAGGACAGAAUAAGUGUUGGGUUUUUAAUGGUUAUGAAAAGAAUUUUGGAUCUGUCUACCCUGUGGACAAAUUAUCUCCUGUUGCCUUUCUGGUUGGUCUUUGGUAGGUCUAUAACGGACCCGUUUACAAAGCUGUUGACGAAACGUCUGCAUGUAUGUACAUGCAAAUGUGUAAGCUUACAUUUAUAGUCGAUGUGCUGUAUGUAUGUGUUUUAUGUACACAAUUCUUUUUUCCCCUGCAUCCAGAAGCAUGUUGUGGAAGUAAAUUAGGUUUUUUUGUAUCAUUUUUAUAAUAUACUUUUAAUUGAUUUAACUUUUUCUUAUAAGCUAUUAGUUUUUUCCACUGUGAAGUUUUUCCUCUCAUUUAUUGCACUUGAUUGUAUGAUUUGAUUUAUUGUUCAGCCAAGUUCCUCAUGAUAGUUGCUAUGAAAACUACGGUGAAAAUGGCAUCUCUGCCAGGAGGAAAACUGUGAAGACAGAGAAUGGAGCUAAGAGAAUUAAUGUUGCUGUAUAAUAUAAAAUGUACAAAACAACUCUUGCAUAUUAAAUAGCUGCUGGAAUACUGAAUAAAUAUUAAAGGUACUCAAAAAAGA